AUGCCCCUAUUUGAGACUCCCUACCCCCAGCUUCUCUCGAGCAUCUCCUCGCCAUCGUCUGACCAACCGGUCUACCUGAUCUUUUACUCGGACCCCGAUCCGUCCACCGGAAAGCUAUGGUGCCCGGACUGUAGAGAUGUUCAGGAGCCCGUCAAGGCGUUCUUCUCUGCCCCGGAGAGUCCCAAAGGGAUCGUAUUUUGGGUCGGACAGAGACCCGAAUGGAGAAGCCCCGAGAACCCAGCCAGGGUCAGGUGGAACGUGCACAACGUACCGACCAUCCUCAAGCUGAUGGAGGGAAAGGAGGUCGGGCGGUUGGUCGAAGGCGAGAUUCUGGAGAAAGGUCGACUCGCCGAGUUUACGAAGGCUUGA